UCCAUGCUGGUCGCAAAUGCACUAUGCUGGCUUUCUCAUGGUGCGGCUCAUAUUUACAACAGCUGAUACAAGAACAUUUAUUUUAGAUAGCAAGUCCCAUUAUGUAGAUUUAUGUUGUUUUUUGACAAAGAUUUUUUUUAUCUUACCUUGAUAUGGAAUUACUUCUGUCAUUAUACAUACAUUAAACAAUUUUCUAACCAUUAAAGUUCUCUAUAAACUAAUUAGUUUAUUAUUUUCCGAACGCAAAUAUUGUGUUAUAUGCCAUGUUUUGUUACCAGUUUUAUAUGUAUUUAUAUAGUUAUAGCAUGCCAUCUGGUCGGUGUAUGUUUGGCUGCUAGGAAGGUCGAUGCCCACCUGAGAGCCAGAGAGACGAUGAAGAGAUGAAGCAGUCCACAAAGGCUGAUUUAAAGACGUGAUGAAACGCCUCUCGAUACUACAGAGUUGUUCGAACUAUCGAAAGGUGAAAAGCUCGAACCGGUAAGAACAACAGCUGACGCGGCUGGCACUGAGGUAGAGCGUCUUGAAGAAAAGUAUAAUGGCAUACCAGUUUACGAUGCAGUUGUCACUGUUCGUAAAACGAAGGAUGGGAAGUUGACAGGGGACGCCUCAGGAACUCUUAUACAAAAUAUAGACGAAGAUUUACAAGAUACAAAACCAAAACUCACUAACGAAGAUACCCUUCGCAUAGUUGUCAAAGCCGAAGGGGACGAUAUAGCAGAUGUUACUGAAGCAAAAUUUUGCAGGAUGGUUUAUAUUGACAAGAACAACACUGCAAGACUGGUCAAUAUUAUUAAUUAUCUGGUAGACGGUGUGAAGCGGCCUUUCUAUAUAAUUGAUGUACAAAACGGAGAGAUUCUAAAGAGCUGGCAAGGUUUUAACAAAUAUCCUUGUUGUACAAGAAAAUAUAAAGCCUGGGGCGGGAAUAUGAAAAUGGGACGUAUCACAUACGGUGAUAUGCCUCAUUGUCUAUCUCCUACCAUUGUCGGCGGCAUGUGUUACCUAGAAAACGAGUACGUUCGUGUUGUUGAUAUGAAUAACACCUAUGACGAGAACAUCACAUAUACAGCAAGUUUUGAAUGCGAAAAGGGAUAUGGGGACGAAGUCAAUGGUGCUUUUUCACCGGCAAUUGACGCUUUCUUCUACGGUACCGUCGUCGGCAAAAUGUUUGAAGAAUGGUUCGACAGUAAGCCUUUAAACAGUAAAGUUGUUAUUAGAGUCCAUUUUGGUAGUUUAUACGAAAAUGCUUUCUGGAACGGAGAAAAUACAACAUUUGGUGAUGGUGGAUAUUAAAUAUAUCCAUUUACAUCACUCGAUGUUGUUGGCCACGAAGUUGGCCAUGGGAUAACAGAACAAGGAUCUAAUCUUAUGUAUUACGGUGAAAGUGGUGGAGUGAACGAGGCAUUUUCUGACAUAAUGGGUGAGGCAGCGGAAGAUUAUCUUCUUCAGUCAGAUUUCGUAACUGGUAAUACUAUCAUGAAGUUUUUGCCGUAUAUGCGGGAAUUCGAAAGGCCAGAAAAUGAUAACAUCUCUAUAAGCAAAGUAGAAGACAUGUUAGAGCAUACAGACCCCCAUUUCAGCAGUGGGAUAUAUCGGAGAGUGUGGUGGGUCGUGGUUAAAGACGGGAGUAUGUCCAUUCGUGACGCAGCAGCUGUAUUUUUGUAUGCGAACAGAAUGUACUGGCACAGCACGGCAUCAUUUUACGACUGUUCAUGUGGAACUCUGAAAGCGGCACUUGAUCUUGGGCACGACAUUGCUCCAUUCAGGAUGGCUUUCAAAGACGUUGGACUUGAAGACUGUGACGUAAACAGUCACGUGUUCGGUUUUAACAACAAUGACACGCGGUUUGGACUUCCAGUGAGUGCAUCAGUAAAUCCUGUUUUUAAAAUGGAGACGCCAGUAUGGGCUGACAAACUUAUUGUAGAUGUAUCAAGCAGCUCCGAAAAGCGCGAAGUUGAAAAUGACUAUGGGGCGGAAAUUCUCAUAACUAUCAUGAUGGGUGGAUGGGAAUCCACGCACGACAAAUGCACUAACGCGGUUGUGGUUGCUCAGGGUUUAAACCAUUUAGAACUGGAAAACGUCGCCGAUCAGGAAUACUUCUUCAAACUGUCUGUAUCAAAUGACACUGUCAUACUACCAGAGGUAUACAAUUUUACACGUAUGUCAAUCGAAAGUGGUGUUUCCAAAGUAGAUCUUACGAUUGGUUACACUUGUCAGAAGAAUUUCGCCACCGAAGACUGGGAAACCAAUUUUUUUUAUAGUCGUGAUUGUGGAACUGAAUUUGAUUACUACUGAGCUACUAUUUCGAUGCCGGUUGUAACUACUGUGGAUUUGCUAAACUUUGCGAAAUAUUCUGUCUCUGAAAUAAACUGAUUUCUCACUUCAAAUUACGCAUCUUACUUCUUUACCUGAACUGCCGAUUAAAAGUGUUGAUCAAUUGAUUGGUUUCCAAUGAAGCUAUAUGCGACAGAGUUUUAAAAUACCAAUGAAAAAGAAUAUAUUUAUCUUGAUUUCUAAAUCUUUGAGAAAGGCUAAUUAUUAUAUAUAUUGACUGGUUUUCAAUGGUCUUGAUUUCCGAAGUUGUUACUGCGCAACUUUUUGUACAGGUGCCUGUUCGCUAGUUAUAGAUUCUUCUUUGUAUUGAUAAAAUAGUAUAAUAUCGCGCUGUUUCGGACACUUUACUUCAUAUAAUCAAAACAAACUAAUUGUGAAAAUGUUUUAGUCUGCAAAAAGGCGAAACGGUUGGCUGAUAUAGACAUUAAGGUAUAGGUCCAUGUUUCGGAGAAAAUUUCGAACGUCAUCAAAUCAUAGAAAGAAAGCAUUGUUUUACAUGAAAAUUUAACAGCAUAUAAAACAUUUAUAUUAUUCUACAAAACCAUUGUCAAUUUACUCAUAUAUAUACUGAAUUCCGGAAAGGGACUGCAUGAAGGGGCCACACUUCCGGACAGUCAAGCGCCUUUAAAAACUCACCAUUUUUAAAAAGCUGUUACAUCUCUUCGUUUUGAUGCAUUUGCAACAGCGUACGAGUGUUUUGCAACAUCGUAUGAGUGUUUAAACUUUACAUAACUAGGUAAAACAUCGUUUUUGACAAUUGUUUACAUUUAUUUCUUUACAAAUGGCAUUCUAUUUUAAAGGGGACAACUCAAGAAUAUUUUAAGUAUCCGACUCUGCGGGACAGAACAGUAAAACAUGUAUCGGACAGAUAAAUUGUGUGUCAAGAUGCUGUUCAAUCACUAAAAAAUCUGUUGUGAUAUACUGCUAAACCUUAAAUACAACCCAUAUUGUUUAUAUCUAAGUUUGAACAACAGUCAGAUCAUUUCGUUCAAGAUUUUGCUAGCUUAUUUGUGAUGGGAAAGUUAGUUUCUUGUCUAGUAAUGAAGUAAUGAGUCCAACAGACAAAAAAAAACACAUUCAAAGAACACAGCCACCCAUGUAUGUCUCAACAUUCGCAUAGUAUGUGCACACUUACACAACUAAAGGAAUGGUAUUAUCAAACACAGAUAUAACAUGCACUCAAGCAUCCAGUCUAGACAAAAAUGCUGACAACAG